AUGAAGAAAAAACAGUGGAUGCGCACCUCCUUCAUGAAUGGGUCGAACGUACCAUCUGCUUGUGUGGCAACGCCAUUGUGGCCUUCCCACAAGGCAGCUCUUUACGCACUGGACAGCAAGCUGGAUGUCUUGGAGGGCUGGUUGACAGUGCACUUUCAGAAUCUUUCUCCUCCUAUUCCUCCAGGUGCCAGUACCGACGGCUGUUUCCCGGUGGUUCGUUCAGGGACUGUGGUACCUCAUCCACCUGGACUCAAUACUUCUCAG